GAGAAAGUUAUUUCUCUAACCACAUUGUUUGGGGGCAAGGACAGCGACUUAUUUACAGCGAAAAUACUUUAAGCAAAAAUAAUGGGAAAAGGAAGGAAAUUGAAGCUAUCCCAAGUGGAGAAGAAGCGUCCAUUAGAAGAUGAUAUUUCUGAUGCAAAAUUUGCAAAAUCCAAAAACCGUAAUAAAAUUCGACAGCGCAAAGACGACGACGAAGAGUAUGUAGAUUCUUCUUUAUCGAGAAAAAUUCUCUCCGCUGCUCGUCAGCAGCAAAGAGAAGUGGAAGAAGAAUUUCCAACCUUAGACGAAUCACUUCAACAUAAACCAAAGCGAACAAAAUUGGAUGAAGAUACUUCAGAAGAAUCAGAAUCAGAUGAAGAUACGCUGGAGCAUGAACCUUACUACGAAAAUAUUGAGAUAAAUGAAGAAGAUGAACGAGCUAUUGAUAUUUUUAUGAGAAGAGAUGGCAAAACAGGGAGAACUCUUGCUGAUAUUAUAAAAGAUAAAAUAACAGAAAAACAAACAGAAAUAGAAACAAAAUUUAGUGAUGUAGGUAGCUUACAAAUACAAGAUAUAGAUCCUAGGGUGAAGGAAUUAUAUGAGGGGGUAAAACAAGUAUUGCAAAAAUAUAGGAGUGGAAAAUUACCAAAAGCCUUUAAACUUAUUCCUAAAUUAAGAAAUUGGGAACAAAUUCUUUAUAUUACAGAUCCUACAUGUUGGUCAGCUGCUUCUAUGUAUCAAGCAACCAGAAUUUUUGCUUCAAAUUUAAAAGACAACAUGGCACAAAGAUUUUACAAUUUAGUACUGUUGCCACGAGUAAGAGAUGAUAUUGCUGAAUACAAAAGGCUUAAUUUUCAUCUCUAUCAAGCUUUACGAAAAGCCCUUUAUAAACCUGGUGGUUUUAUGAAAGGGAUUUUGCUUCCACUUCUUGAAAGUGGCACUUGUACUUUAAGAGAAGCAAUCAUUGUUGGAUCAGUAAUUGCUAAAAAUUCAAUACCAGUUUUACAUGCAUCAGCAGCUAUGCUACGAAUAGCUGAAAUGGAAUACACAGGUGCAAAUUCCAUUUUAUUAAGAAUAUUUUAUGACAAGAAGUAUGCAUUGCCUUAUAGGGUGAUAGACGGCUCUGUAUUUCAUUUUUUAAGAUUUGAAUAUGAUAAGAGAGAAAUGCCAGUUCUGUGGCACCAAGCUCUUUUAACAUUUACCCAAAGAUAUAAUUCCUUUAUAUCAAAUGAACAAAAAGAGGCACUUUUGGAACUUAUUAAAAAACAAUCUCACCCUUUAAUAACACCCGAAAUUCGACGGGAACUGCAAAAAAUUACUAUUGAACAACCAGAAUCGUUGCAAAUGGUUACAGAAUAAUUUUUUGUAAGAGAAUGUAUGAUAAUUAAAUAAUAUAGACAACAUUUAAA